AUGGUUUCGCGCACCCCUGCUGCGUCGUUUUCCCUCCCCAAGGUUCCCUCCAGCAACCCUUCCCUCCCCAAGGCUGGCCCCUCCACCUCCUGCCGAUUCUGCGGUCGACUAGGCCAUCCUGAGGACCAGUGCAGGGCUAAACGCUAUGCCAGCGUCAGGGCGACUCAAUGUGCUGCUCAACGCUCGCAUUGUUGCCCAAACAAGACCAGGACCCAGCAAGCGGCCUCCCAGUCCUCCCAGUGCGACCAGGACCCACCCCAGGAGUUCGCUGUCAGUGCUGGCUGCGCUGCUGCACUCCUAUCGUCCUCAGAGCGCGAUUCCUGGCUCUCUACCCCUGCUGCGACGUCCUGGAACACCGACACAGGUGCCUCUGCCCAUAUGACACUGUUGGAGUUUGCCACACCUCACCGCCACUGGUUUCGCUCUUACUCACCCCACAACGUCCCCAUUCGCCUUGCCAACUCGCACAUUGUCUACUCAGCUGGUCUGGGGUCUGUAGUGUUCCAACCUGCGUCUCGAGGCGGUGUUUUACCCCCUGCUGUCGUCCUGCAUGACGUCCUGCAUGUCCCUGCCCUU